AUCAUUCCAGUUUGGCAACUUCACCUGCAUAGGGUUGUUUUAAUUGACGCGCCCCACAGUCCUUGAGUCAAUCCUGGAAUACAGCAGUGGGAGGCAGCUGGCUUGCUAAGGGGACAAGGAUGCUGGACAUGAGGGACCGAGGCCUGCCCUGCACUUAGGCCUCUUCCAGCCAGCGCUGACCAGGGAUUUCUGACCUGCUGGCCAACCAGGACCCACUUGAGGAUGCCUUCCUACUGACUUGUAUUGCUGGUCUCAGCUCCAGGCUGUAGAGAAAUUGGGAAGAUCACAGAGCCAGCAUGGAUCCCGACAGUGAUCAACCCCUGGCCAGCCUCGAUGUCACCCCCCUGCGCAAACCCCGUGCCCCCCUGGAGAACUUCAGAAAGGUGGGGGUCCCCAUCAUCGCGGCACUGCUGAGCCUGGUGGCUAUCGUCAUUGUGGUUGUCAUCAUCAAGGUGAUUUUGGAUAAAUACUACUUCCUCUGCGGGCAGCCCUUCCACUUCAUCCCAAGGAAUCAGUUGUGUGAUGGAGAGCUGAACUGUGCCUUGGGGGAGGACGAAGAGCACUGUGUCAAGAGUUUCCCCGAAGGGCCUGCAGUGGCAGUCCGCCUCUCCAAGGAUCGAUCCACCCUGCAGGUGCUAGACCCAGUCACAGGGAACUGGUUUUCUGCCUGUUUUGACAACUUCACAGAAGCUCUGGCCAAGACAGCGUGUGGACAGAUGGGCUAUAGCAGCAGGCCCACUUUCAAAGCUGUGGAAAUUGGCUCAGACCAGGAUGUGGAUGUUGCUAAAAUCACAGAAAACAGCCAGGAGCUUCAGGUGCAGAACUCGAGUGGAACCUGUCUCUCAGGCUCCCUGGUUUCCCUGCACUGCUUUGCCUGUGGGGAGAGCCUGAAGACUCCCCGGGUGGUGGGCGGGGAGGAGGCCUCUGUGGAUUCGUGGCCUUGGCAGGUCAGCAUCCAGUAUGAUAAACAGCACAUCUGUGGAGGCAGCAUCCUGGACCCCCAUUGGAUCCUCACAGCGGCCCACUGCUUCAGGAAGUAUAUGGAUGUGUCCGGCUGGAAGGUGCGGACUGGUACAGACAAAUUGGGCAGCUUUCCAUCCCUGCCUGUGGCCAAGAUUAUCAUCGUUGGGUUCAACCCCAUGUACCCCAAAGAGAAGGACAUUGCUCUCGUAAAGCUGCAGUUUCCACUCACAUUCUCAGGCACAGUCAGGUCCAUCUGCCUGCCCUUCUUUGAUGAGGAGCUCACUCCAGCCACCCCACUCUGGGUCAUCGGAUGGGGCUUCACGGAGCAGGGUGGAGGGAAGAUGUCUGACAUACUGCGGCAGGCGACAGUCCAAGUCAUUGACAGCACACGCUGCAAUGCCGAGGAUGCAUACCAGGGAGAAGUCACUGAGAAGAUGCUGUGUGCUGGCGUCCCAGAAGGGGGAGUGGACACCUGCCAGGGUGACAGCGGUGGGCCUCUGAUGUACCAAUCUGGCCAGUGGCAGGUGGUGGGCAUUGUUAGCUGGGGCUAUGGCUGCGGAGGUCCCAGUACCCCAGGAGUGUACACCAAGGUCACAGCCUAUCUCAACUGGAUCUACACUGUCCGGAAGGCUGAGCUGUGAUGCUGCUGCCUCUCUGCAGUGCUGGGAGUUGCUUCCCUGCUGCCCUGCCCACCCGGGAUGCCCCCUGAGGUCAGGCACAGAGCGAGAACCCCCUCUGGCACAACUCUCUACCAAUAACCUCACAUUUACUGGAGAAGCAAAGGACCCCCAUUCCUAUAAGAGACUCCCACAGCCCAGAGGCACCCACAGGAAGUCAGCAGCCCUAGCUCAACCACCGUCUGGUGCCUCCAGCAUCCCGGGGAGAGAUGCUGCCCACUGAA